AUGCGCACAAUCGUCCUACUGGUUUCUCAGCUGCCAGCUAAAUUCCUACGUAAUGCGCCCAAGGAUGCCCCGGCUGUACGCAUCGGUCUGGUGAGCGCAGGCGUAGGCUACGGCCUCUUCGCCGCCCGCGACCUGACCAAGGACGAAUUCAUUUUCCACGAGGCGCCUCUCAUGACGGCCCUCUUCAACGAAAAGUUCUGUGCCGCCACCUCCCUGAUGCACAGCCAGCACCAGGCUUACAAGGCAGCCCUAGCCGACGGCGGCCAAGACGUCGUCACGCUCGCCUUCCCCAUGCUUGCCGCCCGCAACGGUUUCCCGCCUGCCUCCUGGGAAGACGCCGAGCCCAUCUUUUCUGCCGAGUCCGCCGAACCCGACGUGGCCGGCUCCAAGAAGAAAUUCUUCGGCAAGAACCUCGUGCACGGCCGGUUCGCCGGCUCGAUCAUCACGCGCGAAGAGUACGAGACGUACGUGGCCGGGGUGAGGGAGAUGCUCAUUGCCAAACCGACGGAGGAAGACCGACAAAAUGCUUGUCUGGAUUUCUUCAAGCGUUACGCCUUUCAGGUUAAACGGACAGCUACCAUCAUCCCACCCACGGCCAACAUCCCUCAUCUUCCAUCACCACCACCCCUUGUCCCAGUCCCGAUAUCACCAACAACAGCCACCACAACAACCACCAACACCCUAACCCCCAUCCCAUCAUCCGUCUCAACAACAACAAGCCAACCCCCAACACCAACAACAAACUCAGACGCCUGCAUCUACCUCCUCGGCUCCCUCAUCAACCACUGCUGCACCCCGCCCUCCUCCUCCUCGGCGUACGUGACGCGCAAGCGCACCGAGCGCGGACCAAACUGUGAGUGGCGUAUCGGUGCCUCGGGGCUGGCCCACUUUGUCAAGCCAAAAUACAUUUGCGUGCAGGCCAAGAGGGAUAUCAAAGAGGGCGAGCAGCUGACGUGGGACUAUGGGAAGAGGGAAAAAGGGUUCGUGUGUGAAUGUGCGACGUGCAGGGAUACGUUUAUGGGGUCUUAUUGCGGCGUGCUGUGA